UCUAGUUUGGUGGGAGGCGUGGGUCGGUCGGACGUGACUGAUAAUAUUAGUUCGUGUUUUUUUUUCUGUAUAUUAAACAGAGCUUUCUACGUUUGUGUGUUUGUUUAUGCGAAUAUAUUAUUUUAAAACAGUACCAGUUGAUAUGUUUGUACACAUAUAAAACGAUCAUAAAUUCAUCAUAGGCUCACGAUGACCUGCUGUGUGCACUUUCAUGCUUCAUUAUAUGAGUGGGAGCUUACGAAUGUUGGCUGUUGUGUGCAUAUCAACACCAAGCUGAGUUCUCGAAGAAAAUUCGCCGAAAUGCAUGGAAAUUGUGCAUUUUCAGCGCUGAAACUGUUUAUCCCAUUAUAUGUUACUAGUUCGUGUUGCCUUUCGGAAGCUUUUAAUUUUGAACUUCAAGUAUGUUGUGUAAACAGUAUGUUGUCAUUAUUAUAAGCCCUGUUUAAAUAUGCACGAAGGCGAGGAAGUGACUUAAAAUAUAUUUAAUUCGCUCCAUUGACGUUAAUAGAAGAAGUCAUACACUUCUCACCCACAAAGGGAUGUAUACGAGCUUACUUGACGUUUGACGCCUAUUAAAUUUCCUCUGGCGUGCUUAAAAGAGUUUAGAGAACGUCUAACUUGACUUUGUUUUCUGUACGUUUCUUCUGAGAGUAUGGACGUCGGUAAUACAGCGUCCAAUCGACGAGCCAUUACUUUACAAUGUGGUAUUUUUCGCGAAACUACGAUAUUCGAAGACCAAGACUUCUCCGUAUUUAGAGAAUUAGUGUAUUUCUUUCUCGAUAAUAAGUUCCCGGAUCACAGCUAUGUGGCUUUGGCAGACAAGAUUUUGCUGUACAAGCAUGAUUAUAGUAAGCCAAAUGUGUUGGAGUUGCUCACACAUGUUGAACAGUUAACAGAUGGAGCUGUCGUAGAGAUAGUAUUUAAAGCUCAAGAACUUCAUGAUGAGACAGUAAUUCGGCCACAUAUGCUUGUUGUACAUUCAUACCAUUCACCAAGUUUCUGUGAUUAUUGUGGUGAAAUGUUAUUUGGUUUGGUGCGUCAAGGAUUGAAAUGUGAAGGUUGUGGUGGCAAUUUCCAUAAAAGAUGUGCCUUUAAGAUUCCAAACAAUUGCUCAGAUGUAAAAAGACGAGGCUCUUUACAAUCCAACUCAGGUAGCAUUAGUUCUUUUGGAAGCACUGAUUCCUUUGUUUCAAAUGAUAAAAAUGGUCGACGGAUGACAUGGGGAGGUGGCCGGCCAGUGUGGAUUGAUAGGGCCAUCUUGGGAAGAAUUGAUGUUCCACACACAUUUGUGGUGAGGUCAUUCAAGAAGCCAACUGUCUGCAUGAUUUGCAAGAAAAUGUUGAGAAUAUUUGGCCAAGGUGUUCAAUGUAAAGACUGUAAAUUUACUGCACACAAGAGAUGUGCUCCAGAUGCUCCUAAAAACUGCCUUGGUGAUACAGCUGCAUAUGAUGAUCCAACGCAGAACCACAUUCAAGAUGUUAAUGAGAUUCAGGAGGAGAGCGAUGACUCAGGACCAGAAAGCCCAAAAACAGACGCUGAACCAGUAACACCAACAUCGCCUGUCGAGCCCAAACCUCCGAAGCUCGAGGCAACUGAAAGUUCAAACAUUCCGCUUCAAAGAAUAGUCGUAUCCGUGAAACACACCAAGAAAAGAGCAUCCAAAGUAUUGAAACAAGGAUGGAUGGUUCAUUUCACCGAAAAAGAUAGUAAUAGAAGAAAACAUUAUUGGCGAUUGGACACGAAGUGCAUUACGUUAUUUCAAAGUUCGGAAGGAAAAAAUUACUAUAAGGACAUUCCGCUAUCGGAAGUAUUAUCAGUGGAUACGAACAUAGAUCGACAAAAAACAGAUACAUCAAGACAACCUCAUUGUUUUGAAAUGAAGACACGCGUUGCUACCUACUACGUUGGUCAAACAGAUAACUUGCAAGAUACUGGUCCCGUCGAUAGGGAUGCUGGGAUUGGGACAAGGCUGGGACUUGCUUGGGCCGAGGCUAUCAAGUCUGCCCUUAAUCCAGGAUGCGUCACGCCGCAGACCAGUACUACUGCGGGAUCUAAACAGCAAGAGAAAGAGGAGAAACCAAAGGAUGAAAAACAAACAGAACUUAAACCAAAGCAGGACCUAUCUCAACUUUAUCAAGUCUUUCCAGACGAAAUUCUUGGUUCUGGCCAAUUUGGUAUUGUCUACGGAGGUGUUCAUCGGGAGACUGGUAACGAAGUUGCCGUAAAAAUUGUCAAUAAACUUCGCUUUCCGACAAAACAGGCCACACAACUAAAAAACGAAGUGGCUAUUUUACAGGACUUACGUCACCAAGGAGUCGUUAAUUUAUAUCACUUUUUCGAAACUGUGGAAAAGAUCUUUGUCGUAAUGGAAAAGCUCAAGGGAGACAUGUUAGAACUUAUAUUGUCUAGUACGAAAGGAAGAUUAACGGAAAGGUGCACGAAGUUUAUGAUAUAUCAGAUUUUAAUCGCUUUGAAACAUCUUCAUUCAAAAAAUGUUGUACAUUGCGACCUAAAGCCCGAAAACGUGUUACUAUCAUCAAACUGCUCGGAUUGUGGAUUUCCUCAGAUCAAACUCUGUGAUUUUGGUUUUGCCCGUAUCAUUGGCGAGAAAUCAUUUCGUCGUUCAGUCGUCGGCACGCCUGCCUAUCUUGCUCCCGAAGUUUUAAGAAAUCGAGGAUACAACAGAAGUAUUGACAUGUGGUCUGUUGGUGUUAUUAUAUACGUCAGCCUAAGCGGUACAUUUCCCUUCAAUGAAGACGAAGAGAUAGCAGAUCAAAUAAAAAACGCUGCGUUUAUGUAUCCUCCUGAUCCAUGGCAAGAAAUCUCUGAGCAAGGAAUUGAUCUAAUUAAUAGAUUACUACAAGUCGAUAAACGUUACCGCUUGUCAUGUGACAAAUCUCUCGCUCAUUCAUGGCUACAGGAAUAUCAAACGUGGUUAGAUCUACGGAGUUUGGAAGCCAUAGUUGGUGAGCGUUAUCUUACACAUGAGAGUGACGAUAAACGCUUUGAGGCAUAUCGUUUAGAGCUUGAAGCUGCCAGUCAAUUAAACAGUAAUAGCAGGUUUAAUCAUUUGUAUAAGAAAACUAGUGGUGGAAUGCAGGGUCCAGCAAAAGACAAGCUUGGAACUGCGAUCAGUUAUGUAUAAGGAAAAACUACGGUCUGUUUUAGCUUGGGAACAGAAGUAAUAUGAAAACAGAAUUAAUGAAACUGUGCCCCUGUUACUCAUUUCCACUCUGACAUCAAAACAGGAUUUGAAAUGUGAUCUUUCUUAAGUAUUCAUUUCAUAAUCCACUUGCGCAGUCAUGGAUUACAUACCAGUCAUAAAUGGAAGUCCUUAGCCCUAAAAAAGUCUCACAGCAAGUCAUUUGCAACAUGCAGAAAUCCACCGAGGGGAAGAGUAUUAGUGAUAUCGAGAAGAAUAUGACAAGAGAAUUUUAUUGUAUGAUAAUUUGACCUAAACACAGAAUGUAAAUUUCACAUAAUUUGUUAAAUAAACUGGUAAUAGCAUCA